CGCUACGUAUAGGUGGAUUCAGGUGUCACUUAUGUGUGAGCUGGUCCGGUUGUUCUUGUGUAUAACUGCAUAGACCUCAAAUGCAGAACUGCCUGGAAAGUGGCUACGGCUGCCUGACCAUUAGCGCUCGGGACGCGGCUGCGUGACGUCUCGCCGGGCUGUGUGGUUGGAUAAUUGAGGACUGUCUGUGGACACAACGGAACAAACAAUUAGUGUUUUCUUCAGCGUGUGGAGCCUGCCCCCACACCCGUAACCUGCCAAACCACGGCCUUUACCUGUGUCUUCCGGUGUUUCCCGUGCGAUCCUUCCUGCGGGAGCGCCUCGUGGGCCACUCCAGAGUUUACUCAGCGUUCAGUGGCUCCAAUGGUGAAAAUGACAAGGUCCAAAACGUUUCAGGCCUACCUGCCAUCCUGCCACAGAACAUAUAGCUGCAUUCAUUGCAGAGCUCACCUGGCAAAUCAUGAUGAGCUUAUAUCAAAGUCAUUUCAAGGAAGUCAGGGUCGAGCUUAUCUAUUCAAUUCUGUUGUUAAUGUUGGUUGUGGACCUGCAGAAGAGCGUGUGUUACUUACAGGACUCCAUGCUGUAGCAGACAUCUACUGUGAAAAUUGCAAAACCACAUUGGGCUGGAAAUAUGAACAUGCUUUUGAAAGCAGCCAAAAGUAUAAAGAAGGAAAGUACAUCAUUGAAUUAGCUCACAUGAUCAAGGAUAAUGGCUGGGAUUGAAGAGAAGAGAAAUCAAAAGACCAUCCAGCUGAACAUGUUAUCCUUAGAAUGAGCGAGUAACUGAGUGCUUGGUUUCAUAUGAUUCAGAGGCUGUGCCGCAUGGAGCAUCCUCUCACCCUUAAUCCAUCAUUCUUGGUGAAUGGCCUCUAAAUUUCUGACACUCUGUCUCUUUGCUUUGUAUCCCUUUUGUGAGUUGCCCUCGGCCUCAUGCUCUUUUGUAGAGUUGGCUAAAGAAAGCAUCAGGAGCCUCAUAGCCCAGUCACUUCUUUUACUAUUAGAGUUGAUUUAAAGCUGUGUGCAACAUGAUGUACAGAAAGUGGCACACUAGGGGUCAUGUUGUAGAUCAGGAAGGAGGUGUAGUAGAUGAAUAGAGGGAGAGGGAGAUGAUGUUGUCCUGCAUUUAAAGGUUUGAAUCCUGGUUCCCACUAGAGGGAAAUACCUUACUGUUUUCUUUUGAAGAAUGUCUGGAGGUUAAUGUAAGCAAAGCUUGUUAGUAGCUUAUACCUUUAACAAACCAAAAAGACCCCGAAAAGACUAGUCCUGAAGUUGAGUCAGUGGCUGUCCUGUUGUGAUAGUGGGUGACGUUAAGCCAUUGAUUAUUUGAUCUACUAUAUUGACCUGUAUCUGAAGGUAUGAUGGGUUAUUUGGCUUGUAUACCUAAAAAUGAAUUUACCAAGAAAAUAGUACAUCCCUAUUACACACUGACUUCCCAUUGUACUUUGCACUAUGAAUCUUGUACAUCACCUUAUAUGUACAGAACUUGAAUUUGAUAACGUUGUCUUUAUCUAUGCUAACACUGCGUCAUGAAAGUGUUAGGCAGGAACUAACAGGGAAUAGCUUGGUAACUCAUCAUAUUGCCAUUGUUUUGUUCUUUGUGAAAAAGAACAUGUUCUCUUCUGUUCAGAUGUUGAUGAAGAAGUGAAACAAAUUUUGCAAGGCAACCAAUUUAUCCCAUUUUCAAAUAGUGUCUGAUGGUUAUUUGAAUAUCGGGAAUUAUUCUCAGUCCUUUGUGUUAUAUGAUUGUAACUUUUUCACAUGGCAGUCCAAUCACAAUUAAAUUUUUUCUCCUCAGGUUAAAAGAAAAAACAUUUUUUGUUAUUGAGAGUAUCUUGUAAUUGUGGUUUAAUACAUUGCAUUGUUUAAUAUUGAUUUAAUGACUGGGGACUGAUUGUGAAGACCAGAAUAGUGAAGAAACGUUGUUGAAGAGUUAUUUUUUUGUUUUUUGUUUUUUUGAAGCUCAAAGGCUUUCCUGUCUCUUCUAUUUAUGUAUCUAAAUACAGUGUGAAGGCAAUCAAUGCUUUAUAAGGACGCUGCAUUGAUCCCCCUCCCCUCCAUUCAAUUGAUUCACACACUGUAGCUUGGGAAUAGUCAUUUUGAGCCAUUCAUACUAGUUUCCUUCUGGUGUUCUACCAGAUUUACAUACAUAAAUGGCCUUUAAAAAAGUUUUUCAGUCUACCUGAAACUUUGUCUGAUACUAAUAAUUUUAGUACAAAUUUUUUCAUUUUUUUUCAGUUAGAUGCACUUUUGCAAUGAAAAUCAAGUUGAGAAGGUAAACCAAAGGAGAUUUUUUAUUUUUUUAUUUUGUUACUGCACUUUCUCUUAAUGUAUCAAAAUUGACUUUGUAUUAGGAAAGUGCUGUAGCUGGAUUUUCACAUCUGUAUAUGUACAUGCAGAUGCACUUGUGCAGAAUGUACACAUUUCACUGUUAUAUGAACCAUAAGCUUUAAUGUAAUGUCACUUUGCCACUUUGUUUUAACAUACCAGUAGUUGCCGUUUCAUUUUCUAUAUAGAAAUCUCCCAGUGUAUUGUAUUUAUCCUCAAAUGAUUUCUCAGACCAUUUGACAGGUUUGAGUCUUUAGAUCCCACAUUUCACUUAAAAUCUUCUCUUCCCUUAACUCUUAAUGCCUAUAUAAAAGUAAUGCCCAUGGUGUUUCAUAUGGCAUUGUAUAUACGUGGAUUGAAUAUCUUGAUAAAUCUAGGCUGUUUGAAAUUUCUUGAGGCCUGAUGUACAUGGAUCAAUAACUAAAUGGCAGGUAGUUGCACCGCUUUCUCAGACUAGUCUAACUUGAUCGACUUUUGGUGAAGCCCAUUUAUUUAAAUAUGUGAUCUUUACUAGUUGUUCCCCCAAAUGCCAAAGGAGAUGGCUGAAAAUGUUAGUUACAGGGAUUGUUUACUGGAAGCAAAUUCUCAGCAGCAUCCCUCCUUCAUGAGUUUUUGUAAAGAGUGCCACUUGGGGGUUAUAUGCGCCAAAGAAGCAAAGAUCAUAAUUACACAGUGACACCCAAUGUUCUUUUCUUUCAUAUACAGACCCCAAGAUAUCAAGUUUGCAGCGCUGAAUUUGUUUCUAGGGUGAAAAUGUGAACAUAGGGCAGUAGGCACAGGCUGGAUCCUGUACUUUUUGAUCAGCUAAAAAUCUUGACUGUCAACUUAAAGGAGGACUUUAGUCCAAAAUGUGAUUCUUUUUCUGUGCCCGGGCUUCAAAAUGUAAAAAAAAACUAACUUUGACUCACCUGCCGACAUUCCUCCGUAGCACCGAUAUCUGUGUCCCAGUUCUCCGGUGCCUGUCUUCUUCUGCUUCCUGUGGGGGGGACGUGGAGUCAUAUUGCGCUCAGCUUAUCGCCAGCCACAUCGAUGUCCACCUCAGCCACUGAUGGGCUGAGUGCAGUGACAUGCAGUGACAUGGGCCUGGGCCCCACCUUCUCCCUGCUGCCUGGGCUCGUUACAUGACACUGCGCUCAGCCUAUCAGAGGCCGAGGUGGGACAUCGCUGUG